AUGCACAUCCUUCAACGUCAGCCUGAGAGGGCUUCCUGGUGGGACCUGAUCUCCUGUCCCAGGAUACACCUUCAGGACAGCACAGGUUUCAGUUGCCACCACUCCCGCCUGAGUCUGUCUCCUUGCAGCCAAGACAGCUGCCCUAAGAACAGCCUUCCAUCCCAAACACUGGCCACGGACCUGCUAACCUUGGGGAAGGCCUCUAUGGUCCCCACCAAAAGGCACUGCUGCUCACCCUCAGUGCCUGAGAAUUUCUUCCACUGGCAUCCCCUCUGUAGGCCUCUUGGCUCCAAAGUGUGGACUCCUAUCAAGCAUCGGGGCAGCAGUGGAGAAGGUGCUUUGGAAGAGCACCCCCCGAUCUCAGACCAUGGAGCCUGCAGUCUCAGGUUUGACCAAGCCCCAGGUGCAUCUCUUCAGUGUGUCCAAGGUGGUGGUGGCAGUAGCCCCCCUUUUUUCAGUCUGGCCCUAUCCCGGGAAUCCCUAGUCAGCAUGUUGUGGGAGAGUGAGAAGACCUUGCAGCCCUUCCCCUUGCAACGUCGCUUCUCCUUAUCACCUGUCCAGUUCCUGCCCUCCCCACGGAGCUCUGCUUCCUCCACACCAGAACUGCUCAGGCACCAGCAUGGCCUCCCACACAGCCAGUCACAGCCCUGUGACCUGGACACAAAGAAGAAUGGCCUCAAGCGGUGCCAUGAUGAGGAUGCAAAGUGGCACCGUCCCUCACUCAACUUCUACAAGAUGAACCAGAAGCAGUUCUCAGGAGGAGGCCUCUGUUUCUUAGACAAGUCUGAGGAAGGCAGUGCUCCAUCAUGGUUCUUGGCUCACAACUCACAAGCCUCUUCAGCCCCCUGCAGUCCUAUCAGCAGCUACGGCCAAGUGCUGAGUGAGGAAGAGGAAGAUGAGGCAAGGAACCGAAGCUGGCAUCUGGCCAGCCAGAGGACUUUUUUCCAGCAGGACUUUAGUGACCUGGAUCUGAAUCUGAUUGAAGAGAACUAGGGGUUGCAGAUACACUCUGGAAAC